CCCACACGCUCUUGUAGCGGCGAAGCUAGCUCCACCGUAACAUAAGCCACCAAUCCCUCUGCCUACCUGCACACAAGAUGGGUAACCCCGUCAUGCUGCGGGCGUUGGUCCUGGCGGCGCUCGCGGUGGCCGCCGCCGCCGCCGCCGCCGCGACCGAGAAGCGGAAGACGUACAUCGUCCACAUGGCCAAGUCGGCGAUGCCGGCGGAGUACGCCGAUGACCACCGCGAGUGGUACGGCGCCUCGCUGCGCUCCGUGUCCGCGGCCAGCAACAUGCUCUACGCCUACGACACCGUCCUGCACGGCUUCUCGGCGCGCCUCACGGCCCAGGAGGCCGCCGACCUGGCGUGCCUGGGCGGCGUCCUCGCCGUCAACCCGGAGGCGCGGUACGAGCUCCACACCACGCGGACGCCCGAGUUCCUGGGCAUCGCCGACGGUGGCGCCGACCAGGGCGGCCUCUUCCCGCAGUCCGGCACGGCGGCCGACGUCGUCGUCGGGGUGCUCGACACGGGCGUGUGGCCCGAGAGCCGGAGCUACGACGACGCGGGGCUCGGCGAGGUCCCCUCGUUCUGGAAGGGACGGUGCGUCGAGGGCGCCGGGUUCAACGCCUCCGCCUGCAACCGGAAGCUCGUCGGCGCGCGGUUCUUCAACCGCGGCUACGAGGCCGCCAUGGGGCCCAUGGACACCGACCGGGAGUCCCGCUCCCCGCGCGACGACGACGGCCACGGCACGCACACGUCCUCCACGGCCGCAGGCGCCGCCGUGCCCGGCGCCAGCCUCUUCGGGUUCGCGUCUGGGACGGCGCGCGGCAUGGCGCCCAGGGCGCGCGUCGCGGUUUACAAGGUGUGCUGGCUCGGGGGAUGCUUCAGCUCCGACAUCCUCGCCGGCAUGGACGCCGCCGUCGCCGACGGCUGCGGCGUGCUCUCGCUCUCGCUCGGCGGCGGCGCCGCCGACUACUCGCGCGACAGCGUCGCCAUCGGCGCGUUCUCCGCCAUGGAGCAGAACGUCCUCGUAUCCUGCUCGGCGGGGAACGCCGGGCCCGGCAGCUCCACGCUCUCCAACGUGGCGCCCUGGAUCACCACCGUCGGCGCCGGCACCCUCGACCGCGACUUCCCGGCGUACGUCGCGCUCGGCAACGGAAAGAACUACACGGGCGUCUCCCUCUACUCCGGCAAGGCCCUCCCGAGCACCCCGCUCCCCAUCAUCUACGCGGCCAACGCCUCCAACUCCACCGCCGGGAACCUCUGCAUGCCGGGGACCCUCACGCCGGAGAAGGUGGCCGGGAAGAUCGUCGUCUGCGACCGGGGCGUGAGCGCGCGCGUCCAGAAGGGCUUCGUCGUCCGCGACGCCGGCGGCGCCGGCAUGGUGCUCUCCAACACGGCCGCCAACGGCCAGGAGCUCGUCGCCGACGCGCACCUCCUCCCCGCCACGGGCGUCGGCGAGAGGGAAGGCGUGGCGAUCAAGUCCUACGUGGCAUCCGACCCGAGUCCCACGGCGACGAUCGUGGUCGCCGGGACGCAGGUGGGCGUGCACCCCUCGCCGGUGGUGGCGGCGUUCUCCUCCCGCGGGCCCAACAUGGUGACGCCGGAGAUCCUCAAGCCGGACAUCAUCGCCCCCGGCGUCAACAUCCUGGCGGCGUGGACGGGCAAGGCCGGGCCGACGGGACUCGCCGCCGACACCCGCCGCGUGGGCUUCAACAUCAUCUCCGGCACGUCCAUGUCGUGCCCGCACGUCAGCGGCCUGGCGGCGCUGCUCCGGAGCGCGCACCCGGACUGGAGCCCCGCCGCCGUGCGCUCCGCGCUCAUGACCACCGCCUACGCCACCUACUCCGGCGGGUCGUCGCCGCUGCUGGACGCGGCGACGGGCGCCACCGCCACGCCGUUCGACUACGGCGCCGGCCACGUGGACCCGUCGCGGGCGGUGGACCCGGGGCUCGUGUACGACCUGGGCACCCGCGACUACGUGGACUUCCUGUGCGCGCUCAAGUACAGCCCCGCCAUGAUCGCCACCGUGGCGCGGAGCCGUGACUUCUCCUGCGCCGAGAACAGGACCUACUCCGUGGGCGGCCUCAACUACCCGUCCUUCUCCGUGGCCUUCUCCACGGCGAACGGCGAGGGCGGGGAGUCCUCGGCGGCGGCCACCGUGACGCACACGCGCACGCUCACCAACGUCGGCGGCGCCGGCACGUACAAGGUGUCGACGUCGGUGGCCGGCGCCGCCGCCCAAGGCGUCACCGUGGCCGUGGAGCCGACGGAGCUGGCGUUCACGUCGGCGGGUGAGAAGAAGAGCUACACGGUGAGGUUCACGUCGAGGUCGCAGCCGUCGGGCACCUCCGGCUUCGGGCGGCUCGUGUGGUCGGAUGGCAAGCACAGCGUGGCAAGCCCGAUAGCGUUUACGUGGACCUGAUGGGGGCACGGCGGGUUUUUGGCACCUGACGAAACGGUGUGCGUACGUGUAUGGCCCAGUGAUGGCCCUGCCUCGGUCGGACGAAGGGCUGGAAGUGUAAAAUUGGAAGGUUUGGAGGGGGUGAAAGACAGGAAAAAAGGGGGUGAAAUUGGAGGGUUUCCUUGUUAUUGUGCUACAAAUAAGGCCAUUAAUCUUGGCAAGAUUCUAGAUAGAUUGUGAUUUUGGAGUGUGAAAUAUUGGUGGCGAUCGGUGGACGAGGAUGGGGGAUGGUGCUCGAUUGGAAUGGAAUUAUUUGGAGGGCAUGGUCGGACCUGGACCUGAUCGCGACGCUGCAAGUGCAAGGGCAGCUUCACAAGGACUGACUUGGACCUCUCCCUCUCUCUCGUGGCGUGCAUCCCCUGGAUCGUGGAAAUGGUUGUGUUCCAUGAUGUUGAUUGUUACUAACAUCAUUAUCGACAAAGAAUGUGAUAACCCAGCACUGCCACUAUGAAGGUGGAAUGUGUACCCUUUUUUUUAUUUUAUGAAACUGGAAUGCAUACCCUUACCGUCA